AUGCCGGCCACAGGAAUUAACACGACGGGAAUCACCAUGGACGACGAUGAUUGGCUGGACGAUCCCGGCGGCGAUCCCGAAAAGCGCAAGCAGCAGCAGCAGGAGCGGAGAGGACCUGGAAAAGGUGGCCGUUGGUUUCCGUCGGCUGAGGAGGAGGAUGCGGAGGAGGUAGGCGGCGCGGAUGGUGGUAUCGGCGCGGGAAGCAAACCGAGUCGCCUUUCCGCUGACGCUAACGUUGACGUUCUCGCGGUCGCGGAUUGGGGCCGCGCGCCGCCCUCGAGAUUGCCGUGGGGCGACUACGGCGAUGACGUGGACCCGUCGCGCGAGUCGUCGUCGGUGCUGAGGGCGGAGCGCGGGAAGGAGACGGGGGGACGGGACGCGCGUGACAGUAACGAGCGGCCGUCGCCGCCGUCUCCGACGGCUUCAGGUGAGGCUGAUGUGAAGUGGGAGGGGGGAGCAACAAAGAACGAGGCGCUGUAUUUUCGGCUCUCUCUCCCAUUCCCGUCUUCCCUGCCAACUCUUCUCCCCCCUUCCCCCGCGCUCUUCCCGCGCGCUCUCUUCCCCCGCGCUCUUCCCUUGCGCUCUUUCCGCUCGCGCCCUUCCCCCGUGCCCGUGCGCCCUCCGCUUUAUGCAGGCUCCGAUGCUAGCACAGGCACCGGCCGCUCGCGCCAGAAGGGUGCGGCGGGCGCAGCAGCCGCGGCGGCAGCAGCGUGGCGCAAGCGGAGCGGGCGCAGCUCGCGCAGCAGAAGCAGGGGGAACGCGGAGGGGUGGGGGGAGGGGAACGCGGGAUGGAAGAGAGGGGAAGAGGGGGACGAUGAGGAUACGGUGGGGGAGGGUAGGGGGGCGCAGAGACGAGGGGGGGGCAGUAGGUAUGGGAGAGGCGGUGCUGGGGUAGGUAGUACUGGUGACGGUGCUGCUGCUGAUGGUAGUGUUGGUUGGGGUGGGGGAGGGAGCAGUGGGGACGAGGAAGGGGAGGAGGGGGUGACAGGGGCUGGUGUGAGGUUGGGGGGGAGAAGGGGGAGGAGGAGGGGGGGGAGUAGGGGGAGCGGGGGGAGUGAUGCGCGGUGGUGGCGGAAUAUGUCUAGAGAUGGGGACAGGGGGAAGGAGAAGGCAGGCAGGCAGAACGGCGCAAUGAGCAAGCGUAGCAGCGGUGCUGCUGCCAGUGGGGGCGGUAGUGGUGCUGGCAGCAGGAGCGAGCAUGCAAGAAGCGGCGGUGACACUGAUGCUGAUGCAGGCUCUGAUGCCACCGCAGCAGCAGCGGCAGACUUUCCCCCAAGCGGCGGCAGCAACAAGAGCACAGAGAGCCGUCAGCAGCAGCAGCAGCAGCGAAACUCGUUUGCGCUUGGGUUGGACCAUAGCCGCUUCCUGAGCCGUGUGUAUGGCAGUGAGAGCAGCCGAGGUGAUGCAGGGCCGGGGGGAAGCUACAACUGGCGCACAGAGGAUGCGGGGCAUGGGGGAACCGGUGGGGGGGGUGGAGAGAGUGGGGAAAAUGGAGCGGUGGCGGGGAGUGAAAAGCGGUUCUGGUGGGAGACGGGUGCGGUUGGGAGAAAGGAUGAGGGAGAGGGAGAGGUGUUUGGAGCGAGAGUGGGAGAUUUGGGUGUGGGUUUGGGAGGGGCGUUUGGAGGAGGGAGAGGUGCGCAUGCGCAGAUUGGGGCAGGGGUGGUUGGGGAGAGUUUGCAUGAUGACAAGCGCUAUGACUAUGACAAUCACACGCCUCCUGCUGCUGCCAGCUCUGCGGUUCUGACUGCUGCCAUAACCAUGCUCAACAAGCCCCUGUCCCCUGUCAAGCCCCCCGGCACCCCUUCCUCCCGCUCCCCCCGCAUCGCCUCCCUCCGCUCCCCCCGUUCCCCCGCCUCCUUGUCCGCGCGCCCUUCCCCCCCUCUCUCCCCGCUCUCCCCCCGCGCCCCCCUCCCCGCACCUGACACCUCCCCUGAACACGCUGCUUCGUUCCCGCUUGACCUACCUUCGUCCGCUGUUCCCCUGCCCGCCCUGCCCGCCCUGCCCGCCCUGCCUGUUCUGCCGGCGCUAUCAACAAGAGAACCUACCCUAUCUCGAUCAUCUCCCUCUGACUCCCAUGCUGCUUCUCCUCCUCCCCCAUCCGCGCUUCACCCUGCUUCCUCCUCUCCCUCCGCGCUCCCUCUCGACUCCCACCACCCCGAACCGUUCUCCACACCUCUGUACCUGGAAGAGCCAUCAUCCCUGGCGCUACCUGCUGCUGCUGCUUCGGCAUACCUUCAACCGCCCUAUACCUCCUUGCAGCCCACCUAUACCUCUCGUUAUGCUGCUCAAUACGGGGCAGGGGCAGGAGCAGGGGUAGGGGUAGGGGCAGGGGCAGCAGGGGCGGGAAGGGGUGGGAGGGCUAGAGUGGGGGUGGCAGCAGCGGCCCUAGCAGCUAUGGCGGGAGGGGGUAAGGGCAGGAAGGCUUGGUCUCGUACCACUGCUGCUGCUGCUCCUGCUGCUGCUGCUGCUGCUGCUGCUCCUGCUGCUGCUGCUGCUGCUGCUGCUCCUGCUGCUGCUGCUGCUGCUGCUGCUACCCCUGCUGCUGAUCUUGAUGCUGCUGCUGCUGUGGGUGAAGUGGAGGGUGGGGCGGAGAAAGGGGCAGCGGGACGGGAGGAGGGAAGGAGGGAGGAGGAGGGGCAAGGGAAGGCGAGAGUGGGAACACGGAGGAACCAGGAGGAGGAGCGGCAAAGGCUCAAGGCGCUGAUUCGCAGCAGUGAGGAGGGGGACGAGGGGGACGUGGGGGACGUGGGGGACAGUACGGGGAGCGUGGGGGGAACAGGAGUGGUGGGCCGGGCUUUUGAAAAUGAGGCGCAUGGGGUUGGCGCGAAUGGGGAUGAAGCUGAUGGGAUGAGGAGCAGCAGUGGGGGCUCAUUCGGGUGGGGCAUGCGGCUGUUGCAGCAGUCUGGUUCCGGGUGUAAAGAGGUGGAAAUUUUAGAGGGAGAUGGGGAGAGUGGCGAGGGGAGAGGAGGGGAGGAGACGGAGGGGCGUGAUGAGAGUGUGGCGCGAGGGGGGGUGGUGGGCGUGACAGGGGCAGUGGCAGCAGCACACGAGCAGGAAGCAGAGAGGGACGAGGGGGGGAGAGGGGAGCGAGGAUGGGGGAGUGAAGCGGAGGGGAAGGGAGGGGAGAAGGAGAGAGAGGAAGCAGGAGCUCCGAGUUUUGAACCGUCUCGAAUUAAGAAGGAAAGGAUGGAAGCAGGGGGAGGACGAGGUCCGGAUUACUCCCGGUUCUGGAAUCAGAGCAGGGCUAGAGCGGAGCAAGGGGAUGAAGAGGAGGAGGAGGAAGAGGAAGAGGCGGAGGAGCCUCAUUGGGAGGUGUUGAGGGACAUUCAUGAUGAAAUGGCUGCUGAGUGGCUGCGCCGUGGACUGCUGAAACGAGCACUUGGUGAGUCGCAGGGUGUGCAGGAUGCCGAAGAGGAGACAGAGGAAGAAGAGGGGGGUGAGGAGAGGCGGGAGGCAGGGGAGGAGGAGAAAGGUGUUGAGGAGAAGGGAGUGGGGGAGGAGGGGCGGGAGGAGGAUGAAGGGGAGGUGGUGGUGGUGAAGGAGGUGGUGAUGGUGGAGGAAGAGGAGAAAGGAUCAGGUGAUGCGUCAUCCCACCCUCAUCAUUCUCUCCACUCUCACCAGUCUCGCCAGCUUGACAAGCCGUUUGGCUCCGGCAAGGGCUUUUUCCUGCCCUCGGAAAAGAGAGGAUGGCUGAUGGGAGGGAGCGUGAAGGAGGGCGAGGAGACGGGGGAGAAGGAUGAUGUGGAGUCUGGCGAUGGGGAUAGGGAUGCUGGUGUGGAUAGAGAUGAGGGUGGGGAUGGGGAUAUGGCUAGGGAUGGCCGUUUUGAGAAGGAUGACGGAGGGAAGACGGAGGAUGAGAGCACGGAAGGCUCAGAAUCCAAGUCAGGCGAACGAGCUAAGGAAGCAGCAGCAGCAGCAGCAGCAGCAGCAGCAGCAGCAGCAGCAGCAGCAGCAGCAGCAGAAGGAGUGGUACCACCACCGGCUGCUGAAGCUGGAUUUUCCUCACCUGACCCAUCCACAGGCGCACAUGCCCCGUGCACCCCUCACAUACAGGACAAACGCAUCUUCUCCUCCCCCUCCACCGCCUCUCCGUCCCCAAUCCCCUCUUCCACCGCCUCCCCUUCCCCUCUCUCCUCAUUCACCCCCUCCCUCUCCACACCCUCUCCCCCCACUGUCCCAUCCUCCUCCUCCUCCUCCGCUUCCUCCUCGUCAGCAUCAUCAAUGGCGCCCCACACGCCUCCUCUCCCCCCGCCGCCUGGCCGUGCGCUCGUCUUCUCCCCCGCCUCGCCCUUGGAGGAGCAGCCUGAGUCGACUCAAAAGUCAAAUGCGCCUCCUCUGCUCCCUCCGCUUGGCCGUGUUCUCGCCUUCUCCCCCGCCUCGCCCUUGGACGAGCACCCUGAGGGCGCUAUUUCGGAGGCGCCUCAGAGAUCGCCUCUUUUGCCGCCUCCCCCUGGCCGUGUGCUUGCCUUCUCCCCCGUCACACCCUUGGGCGAGCGGGCUGAAGAAGACCAUACUAUAAAGGCGCCUCUAGAAUCGCCUCCUCUUCCUCCUCCCCCUGGCCGUGCGCUCGUCUUUUCCCCCGCCUCGUCCUUGGACGAGCGGUGUGAGGGUGAGAGCGUGUGCGCCACAGCAACCACUGGUGCUACCCAGCAACCACUCGCCAGUGCUACUCGUGGCGGGCAGAAACUCGAAUGGCGUGCAGGGGAAGGAGGAGUUACCACGAGGGUAGCUGCGGACACACGAGCAGAUGCAAGGGCAGAGGAGAGAGCAGAGGAGAGGGCAGCGGAGGGAGAAGGGGAGAGAGAGGAGACACGAGCAGGGGAAGCAGGAACCAUGAGGAACACAGCAGCAGUGACCUCACUCCCGGAGCGGCUGUCACCUGCGCACCAUCACUACCAGCACCCAACCUCGCCCUCCCAACAAGCGGCAUCUAUAGACCUGCCCUCCCCAUCCCAACAAGCUGCUUCAGUGGAGCUAACCUCCCCCUCCCAACACGCAGCAUCUCUAGACCUGCCCUCACCGUCCCAGCAGGGAGUGUCAGUGGAACUACCCUCGCCGUCCCAGCAAGGCACAUCAGUGGAGGUAUCCCCAGUGGGGUCCCAGGGAGGGCGGAUGAAGCCGUGGCGCAGCAGAAGCAUUGGCGCCCGGGCAGGCAUUCCCAGCCCCAGAGCAAGCAUUCCCAGUCCCAGGUCUCGUGAAGCGGGGACAGCAGGAGGGGCAGGAGGAGCAGGAGGGGCAGGCGGGGCAGGGGGAGGGGCUGGUGGGUCUCUGGUUAGUCCCAGCCGAACAGCUCCACCGGUCAACCCGCGGCGCUGGCUCGACUGCCUCAAGUCGCACCCACUGAUCGGGCCCAAGAUCACGGCACGAGACGAGGGGCCGCUGCAGUUCAUUCAGGACAUUCGCAUUCUCGACUGCCCCAACAGCGCCAAGGGAGCACGAGUGGAGUUUCUAUUCCGCGCCAACCCCUUCUUUGGCAACAUCAGGCUGACCAAGUCGUACAUAGUGAAGGACAGGAUUCGCUACGGUGACCCACUCUUCUCCAGCAUCCAAGGCUCCACCAUUCAUUGGCUUCCAGGAAAAGACGUCACCAAGAGACCUCCCCUCCCCUCCUCUCGCUCCAUCUCCUCCUCCUCCUCCCCUUCUCUCUCCUCCUCGACCACCACCACUGCCACCGCCACCGCUCCAUCCACUGCCGCUUCUACCACUCCUGCUGCGACAGAACCUGCUGCUGCUGCCGCCCCUGCUAGUUCUGGCGGAUGGUUUGGUUGGUUCAAACCGGUAGCAGCAACGGCUGCAGCAGCAAACGCCACUGAUUCUACUGCCACUGGUGCUGCUGCUGUUGCAGACGCAAGUGGGAUAGGAGGAGGUAUCGGCAACGAGGGAGAGGGGAGAGGUGAAGGAAGAGGGGCAGUGCUCGGGCAGCAGCAGCAGCAGCAAGUGGAGGAGGAGGAGAGUUUCUUUUUCUUCUUCCGCUCGCGCCCCGCACUCACAGAGGAGGAGUCGUCAGAAGAGACUGUGGAGCUGAAGCUAUUGGAAGAUGUGGUGACACAGGCAGCGGAGAGAGACAUCGAGGCUCCGGAGAGAAUAGUGACCAACCUGCUGGCAUGGUACUCGCACCUGGGGGAGGGCGCAGGGGACGACGAAAGCAGCAGCUGCGGCAGCAGCAGCAGUGGGACAGAAACCACAGAGGGGGAAUCUCUGGAAGCAGAGAGAGAGGGGAGUGGGAGGAGUAAGGGGAGUGGGAGGAGUGAGGGGACUGAGGAGGGUGAUGGUGGGUGCACUGGUACUAGUAGGUUGAUGGUAGCGGGUGUAGGGGCGGAGAUGAUUAAGGGUGAUGGGAGGAGUGGGGCCCGACUGGUGUGGCGGGAUGGGGUGAGAGUAGAGGAGAGAGGGGACGGGGAGGAGGAGGAAGAGGAGGAGGAGGAGGAAGGGAAGGCGAAGGAUGUGGGAUGGAAGCAGAUAGCUAGGUACACGACCAAUGGGGAUGGUUUAGCAACGGUGGGUAACGAUUCGGUAGGAAAAGGGAAGGCGGAAGACGAAAAUGACAGGGAAGAGGAAGGAAAGGAGGAAGGCGAGCAACUAAAAGGCCAUGAAGUCACAAGCGAGCCAAACUCCCCUCGUAUCAUACCCCUCUCCUUCCCUCCCUCUUUGGCCUCCCCCGAUCGCUCCCCCCAUUCCUCUUCCAGCCCCAUCCCGCCUCAACUCUCCACCCAUCGCCUGCCCGCGCUCCUUGCUCCCCCCCAUCCCCUUCCGCCGCUUUCCCCCUGCGCCACCACCCCUCCCCCUCCCCCCUGCCCAGCGCAACCCUGGUCUGAGCAGGGGCUGUGGCAGCUGGGGCUGAGACCCGGCCCAGAUGCGGCUAGGUUGAGAGAGGUGCGCUUGGAUAGCCUCAGUGCUGCUUUGAAGGGGCAAAAGUGGAGGCUGGGAGGGAGGGGGGCGGGCGAAGGGAAGGGGAAGUGGGGAGGAGGGAGUGAUGGGAGUGGGAGUGAUGGGGAGGAGGGUGGGGAGGAGGGAGAGGAGGAGGAGGAGGAGGAGGAGGAGGAGGAGGAGGAGGAGGAGGAGGAGGAGGAGGAGGAGGAGGAGGAGGAGGAGGAGGAGGAGGAGGAGGAGGAGGAGGAGGAGGAGGAGGAGGAAGACGAAGUGGAGAGGUUGGGAGAGAUGCUGAUGAAACUGGAACAAGAGAGAGGGGCGGGGGUUGGGAAGGAGGAGGCGGAGAGGGGUGUGGAGGGAGGAAGGCAAGGUGAGGAGACAAGGGGAGGCGAGGAGGAGGAGAGGGAGGAAGACAUUGGGAGUGAGUCUGAUGAUGGUAUGAUGCCAGGGAUGGUGGAUGGGAGGGAGGAGGAGGAGGAUGGCGAGGAAGGAACAGGGAGUAGAGCGAAGCCAAGCAGCAGCAGCUGCAAGAGCGGCAGCGACUUCAACGCAAGAAUAGAAGCUGGAGAUGAGUUUUACAGAUGUGGAGGGGAAGUUGCAGGGAGGGAGGCAAAUGCAAGCACCGCUUUGACCGCCCCACCCAAGGGGACCUCUGCGCCAUCUGGAAGACCAUCCGACACAUCACUUGACACCUUCUCCCACACAUCACCUGAGACAUCACCUGACGGCACACCUGACAGGACCCCUGAAAGCACACCUGAAGGCCACCUGGGGAGCCACGGCAGCUGGAGCCUGCGAAUGGGGAGUGAGAGUGAAGAGGCAGAGAUGCCGGGGAUGGGUGGGGCAGAGGAAGAAGAAGAGGACGACUUUGAUGUGCCUCUAGAAGCGUUGCAGAGCCUCCGCCCUGCUGAGCCACACCCUCUCCUCCUCCUGCCGCUCAGACUCACCCCCCACACUCCCACCGCGGCUGCUGCCGCUGCCGCUGCGGCUGCGGCGACUGCAGAAGCAGCGGAGGCAGCGGCGGCGGAAGUGGCGGCGGUGACAGCAGCGGCGGGGAUGCAUUCUGGCUGGCCUGCUGCAGGUCGAAACGCGUGGGGUGAGUGCGAGUGGUGGAUGCUGCCUUACCGUCGCACAGGGGGGGCGACAGAGACAGAGGAGGGAGAGCAGGGAGAGGAGAACGCGGAGGAGGAGGAAGAUGAGGAUGAAGAGGAGGAGGAGGAGCCUCCAGUGCUGUUAGCUCUCAAGUGGAGGGCAGCUGAGAGAUCCUCCUCUAGCGAGGUGCACCUGCACGGCACGUUUGAGGCUUCUCAGAAGGACUAUCUGCAGAAUCGUUUUUCCAAGGGAGAUAGAGAAUGGCAUGAGGAGGAGGACGAUGGCAGCAGCACGGGCGGACCACCCUUCCAGUCGCACCACCACCACGCCGCCACCUCCCACUCGCCCACACUCCCCCCCCAGACGCACCUCACAGACCUCCCAGAUCCCCUCCUCGCUCUCAUCCUCGCCCGCAUCUCCCACCCUAGCGACAUCUCCGCGUGCCUCCUGACCAACCGCCGCCUGUCCCGCCUCACCCGCUCCUCCCUCUCCCUCCUCGCGCUCCCCCCCGGGGCCCGCAUUAAUAAGAGCGAUCUGCUGCCGUGUUUGGCUGACCCGGGGAGGUAUCCGGGGUUGGUGGGUGUGAUGCUGGGGAGGGAUGCGGUGGAGGAGGAGGGCGAUGAUGUUGUGUUGGCGCUGGCGGCGUGUGGAGAGAGGCUGGUGAAACUGGCCCUGGAUGGCCAGCCCAAUGGCAUGGAGGAGGGGGAUGAUGUGGUGUUGGCGCUGGCGGCGUGUGGGGAGAGGUUGGUGAAACUGGCCCUGGAUGGCCAGCCCAAUGGCAUGGUGAGUGCUGGGGGGGGCUGGGUGCUGGAGGAAUGUGUUUGGGGGGGGGGGAAUGGGUGGUGGGGAUGGGUGGUGGGGAUGGGUGGUGGGGAUGGGUGGUGGGGAUGUGUGGUGGGGAUGUGUGGAUCGCUCCAAGUGCCGUUCGCUCUCCAGUCUCGACUCUCUCUUCCUCUCCUGCACCAAUCUGCAAGCCCUUUCUCUCUGCACCGGUCGCUACACCCGCACGCUCCCUCCCACUCUCUCCUGCCUCUCCGCUCUCUCCUCUCUCACUAUCAACAACAGCGCAUGCAAACUAGGUCUCAUCUCCCUCCCUCGCUCUCUAGGAGCUUUGAUUAA